AAACCACGUGUUGAAGCGUUGACACGCUUCUGUAGCAGCUGGGAUUGCUUCUCUUGGCCGAUGUAUAGUUGUGAUAUUUAAACUAAAUCAAACUCUCUCUGUAAAAACAAAACAUGUCGGGCAAGUCGCAGCUGAAGAUCAACUCUCAGUUCGCGCAGAAAUAUGAGAAAUACCGACAGAAAGAAGAGCUGCAGAGGCUGAAGGACCGGUACGGAGACCGAGCAGAUGAGAGUGAUUCGGAGUCUUCCGAGUCCAGCUCGGAUGGCAGCGAAGUGGAGCUGGACCCCGAUGUUGAGAGGGAUUUUUACAGGACAUUGUCACUACUGAAGAAGAAAGACCCGAAGAUCUAUGAGAAAGAUGUUCACUUCUACUCAGAAGAUGCAUCCAGCAGUGAUGCAAAGCCUUCCACCUCAAAAGAGAAAUCAGUGAAGCCCAUGUACCUCAAAGACUAUGAAAGAAAAGUCAUCCUGGAAAAGGAAGGAAAAUAUGAAGAUGAGGAUGACAGCGAUGAUGAGGAGGCUCUUGAGAGAAGAGAGAGAGCGGGCUCUCCCAGCUACAUGCAGGAGCAGAAGGAGCUGAAGGAAAGCUUCCGGAAGUUCAUCCAGGACAGUGACGAUGAAGGCAGCGAGGGAGAUGGCGCGUCCCAGCUGCUGACCAGGAGGAUCAAAACACAGGAGGAGAAGGAUAAGGAGGAGGCAGACUAUGUGGAGUGGCUGAAAGGCCAGGCAGAACUCGAGGGUGCGGAGGAGGUGAAGGACAUGAAAUACUUAAGAGACUACUGGAAUGACCCAGAGCUGGAUGAAAAGGAGUGUUUCCUGAGGGAUUAUGUGCUGAACAAGGGCUACCUAGAUGAUGAUGACAGUGAACGGAUCCCAACCUACGAUGAGGUGGUCCAGGAUGACGUGGAGGAUUCUGAGGAGGAGGGGGAGACGUUCUUAGAGCGCCAGGAGAACUUUGAGAGGAGCUACAACUUCCGCUUUGAAGAGCCGGAUUCUCAGGAGAUCAAGACCUACCCCCGCAACAUCGCCACCUCUGUGCGCACCAAGGACGACCGCAGGAAACGCAAAAGGGAGGAAAUAAAAGAAAGGAAGCAAAAGGAAAAAGAACAGAAGCGGGAGCAGCUGAAGCAAUUGAAGAACUUGAAGAGGAAUGAGAUUAUGGAGAAGCUGAAGAAGCUCCAGGAGCUGACUGGAAACCAGCAGCUCGCAUUCAGUCAAGUUGACCUCGAGGGAGACUUUAAUCCAAAAGAGCACGACCAGCUCAUGCAGAAAUUCUUUGGAGAUGAAUAUUAUGGAGAAGAGGAAGAGGAGAAGCCUCAGUUUGAGGAUGAUGAAGAACUGGAGGAGCACUGGAACUGGGAUACUUGGACUGGAGAGCAACGUGAGGAGGACUAUGGUGAAGAGCAUGAUGGAGAGGAAUACAAUGCCACUGAACCCCACUGUGAUGAUGAAGGCUUCAAUAUGGAUGCAGACUAUGACCCCAGCCAGCAGACAGCUUCUAAGAAGAAGAAGAAAAAGCAGAGGAAGAUGAUGAAAGAGGAUCUGCCACAAAUGGGCAAAAAAAGAAAGAGGUCUCACUUUGCAGAGGUCAUCACUAAAAGCAAACCUGUAUUUGAUCCUCAGGAGAAGACCUUCGAGCAGUACUUGGAUGAGUACUACAAACUGGACUACGAGGACGUCAUCGACGACCUCCCGUGCAGGUUUCGCUACAGGCAGGUUGUGCCCAAUGACUUUGGCCUGACCAUAGAUGAGAUUUUAAAAGCUAAUGACCAGGAGCUGAACAGCUGGUGCUCUCUGAGGAAGACGUGCAUGUUCAGGUCUGAAAAAGAAGAGCUGGGUGACCUGAAGAACUAUAAAAUCAAAGCCCAGAAUAAGAGGAAGAAGAGAGAAGUCCUGAGCUCUGUGUAUUCAGAAGACAAUGACGAUGUGACGGAGGCCAAGACCAAAGUGGGCAAGAAGCGAAGGGAUCGUCUGAAGAACGCUGAGAAGCAGAACAGAGGCGCAGAAGGCGGUAGUGCAGUCCCCACUGUGGACUCAACAGAAGAGACUCUUGUUCAGGCUCUUCAGGAGGCAGGCGAUGGCAUUGAAGAGGAGGAGGAGAUUCUGAUCCCCAAGAAAAAGAUGAAACAUAAAGGAGAACCCCAGAUCGCUGAGGAGGAGGAGGUGGCAGCAGAGAAACCAGAUGAGGUGAAAAACAGGACUGAGAGACCAAAAUGGUCUAAGAAGAAGCUCAAGCGUUCAGGUGGCCUCCUCGGGGUGAAGAUAGGUGGCCGGGAGUUCAGUAGACAGAGACUGAAGGCCUAUGGCUUGAACCCCAAGAGACUGUACUUCAGACAGCUCGGCAGACAGAAGCGAAAAGCACAGGAGAAGAAGGAGAAACAGAAAAAUAAAGCGUGAUGAAGGCUCCACUGUUUCAGAUACAGUCCUUGAUGACCAUGGUGUUAAAGUCUGGAGAAAAAUGGCAAAUGUUCCCAAUGUUUCAUUUCUGCACAGAUCUUUUUUGAUUAUAUGGUGUAAAAUAUAAUGUAUUAAAAAU